CUGUUUAACGUCGCAAACAAGCGGCGGCCUCGCCCAUAUCCCGUGCGCCUCCUCCUCGCUGACGGCGACAGCGCCCGCGCCGCCUCCCUCUCGCCAGCGGCGGCUGCCUCUCCAAGCCCCCAGGCAGACCACCAUUUGUUGAUUCCUCCAUUCUUCAGCCUGCACUCCGGUUCGCAGUUUCACUUGUCAAGUCCGUAUUCAAGGGGGGAGAUAGUCUCUUCCGCCGAGGGGAGCCGAGAUGAAGCCAGUGGUGGGGAUCGUAGUGUCAAACAAGAUGCAGAAGUCGGUGGUGGUGGCGGUGGACCGCCUCUUCCACCACAAGGUGUACAACCGGUACAUCAAGCGCACCUCCAAGUUCAUGGCGCACGACGAGGCUGAGGCCUGCAAUAUCGGUGACCGGGUUAGGCUGGAUCCUUCCAGGCCCUUGAGCAGACAUAAGCACUGGGUUGUUGCUGAAAUUCUUCGCAGAGCUAAGAUGUAUGUUCCGCCAUCUGCAACAGCGUCCAGUGAAAAUGAUACCAAGGCUCAACAGUCUGGUCUUGCUACCAAAUGAUCCGCCUUUAGUUCCUUUGAGGCAAAGACACAGUUGCCAAUUUUUUUUCUGUGUGUUUGUUAACUUGUGCAAUGUGCAUGUAAUGUUUAAUUCAUAGAAGAAAUAACAUGGCAUCCAUCAUUUUUGCUGGACUUGGUUUGCUCUGUCGCGCCCUUUGUUUAACGGCGCCCAUCAUUUGUGCUCUCUUGCUAGCUGCCUCCCAAGUUUAUAUGAGAGCUUGAGAGGCUUGGAACUCUUGCUGAGUGGCUGAAAGUAUGUAGUCUGUUUAGCUCUAUAUAGAGCUCUAGCAGCAACCUGUCAGCAAUCGCUAUGCCUCUUGUUUAACUGGACAUGUCAUAGGACACCCCUUUUCUUGGUUCA